AAUAUUUGUUUUGAUCUGAAAGUUACAUGAUGACCGACAACUUAGUUAAUCUGUCUGCUUUGUUACCAGAUCGGCUCUGGUUCUUCAUGCUUACUCUGAUAUCUAAAAUAAUAUUUCAUAAAAAUAUAAAAUAAUAUAAUUAAUUAUAUAUAUAUAAUACAGUAAACAUACCGAUUUCUAAAAUCUCAUCGAGUGAUGAUGCCUCUCGUAGAUAUUCGGAUCGUUAGCAUAGUUAAGAGGCACCUUAGCCCAUCCCUCUAACUAAGCUGCAUUGUAGUUUUGUAUGUUCAUCCUAUAAGGAGCGUACUCUAGGUUAUAAGCACUUUCGGUUCUCUCGCUGAAGUUUUAGCUCUGAGGUGUCCUCUGGCCGAUAAUACGACUGUAGAGGAGCUCAUCCAAAUAUGUUGGUAGCAAAAUCUGACUCGUAAGAUGCUCUAGGCUGCGUAGGGUAGCAUCUAGACGAUGUCUCAAAUACACCAUAUUUAUAUCCAUAUUUGUAUGGGUUAUAAGCUGCAUGUGGCUACGGAUAGCAGGAUCCAAUAUACAACUCGGAAUUUGAUACAUCUAUUUUUUUUUGAAUUUUAUUUUAUUUUUUUAUUUUUCAAUCCAAAAAUUAUUUAAUUUUUAAAAAUUAUAUAUAAUCCUACAAUUAAAAAUUUUUAUGUGAUCGUGUAGAUCAUCCAUAGAUUUACAACAUACAUAAAAUUAAGCCAAAAUCAAAAAUUUUAGUAUGAUCUCUUCUUAUUUUGCAAAUUUUAAGAUAUAUUUUGGUAUUUUAAAAAAAGAGAAAAUGAGAUAGGGAAGAGGAAGCAUACCUUAUUUACGGUCGGAUUCUUCUUCAAUCAUGCUGAAUCAACGUGUCUUUCACCGUGGGGAAGGGGGUUAUUCGAAUAGGUAGCUUCUCGGGCCUUCCUACCUUUAAACCAGAAGGAAGAGAGAGGGGAGGGGGUUAUUCGAAUAGGUAGCUUCUCGGUCGGAUCCUUGUUACAUGAUGACUGACAACUUAGUUAAUCUGUCUGCUUUGUUACCAGAUCGGCUCUGGUGCUUCAUGCUUACUCUGAUGCUGAUCUUCAGGUCAAAUGUUUGGAUGUUUCAUUAGCAAUUUUGUAUUUUCUCUUAGUUUCUGCUUUUUCAGUAUGGUGUUGGUUACACAGAAAACAAGAAAGAACAGGUCCUUCCAGAACAAAAACUUUGGUGAAUGUUAUGGGUGAAAAUGAGCUCCUUUCUGUUAAUAAGCAGGAAAUUUCUACUCAGGUUACUCAGAUCACUCUUGUGCCUCCAACAGGUGCUCAGCAGUCCAAUGCUACUACAGUAAAGAUAUAUGGAGAAGGGUAUUGUUCCAUGUAUGGUAUUUGUGGACGCCGCGGUGAUGGAAAGGUUUUGAACUGUCCUUAUAAUGUCCCUUCUAUGAAGGCAAUUCCUUUUCUUGUGGGAUGCCCAGCAUGCUUGAGGAACUUUUUAAAUCAAAGCCUUUUCAUCAACGUGACUUCUGUGAUGAAGGUCAAUGACAGUUUGACCGUUGAUGGCAUAGAUUUUUAUGUAACUAGUCAGUAUGUAGAGGAGUUAUUUAAUUCAUGCAAGGAUGUGAAAUUUGGGACUAUGAACACUCGUGCAAUGGAUUUUGUUGGUGCAGGUGCUCAAAAUUACAAAGAGUGGCUUGCAUUUAUUGGUCAUCAGCAAAUCCCAAUGAACCUGGUUCACCAUAUGCAAUAGCCUUUCGAACAAAUCUUAAUGAUUCAGUCAGGAUGAAGCCUAUGAAUGUUACAGUUUAUUCAUGUGGUGACCCUUCUCUUGGCUGUUCAUGUGGUGAUUGUCCUUCAUCUUCUGUAUGCUUUGAUUCUGCUUCACCUGCUCCUCAUGAGAAACAAGCCUGUGCUAUUAGAAUUGGUUCUUUGAAGGUCAUUGGGAUAAUGUGGAACUAUCAUUCUGUGCAAAGGAUAAUAGGCAAAGUAGUAAGGUACACCGUCUCAGUACCGGGCCUCCUACUGUGCCACACUAUUGCUGUAUCAGUAUGUUAAGAUACGUAGAUGGUUCAACAUAUGGAGUGUUGGUACGCUCCCAUACUAUGUAUUGGUACCGAACUGGUAUUGUAUGGUAUGAUGCUCCAUAUCGUCCGGUUCGGUACGUUAUGGCGAAUCUUGCAAAGUAGUAUAUACAUGCAUAUCGUGAACUGAAAUAAUGCAUAUCGUGAAUUGAAAUAAUGCAUGGAUUAAUUAAUCUUAUUAUCAUCUUUCUUCUUGUAAAAAUGGAAGACCUUUUGAAAUAUAGCGGGAUCUUAUUAUUAGGGAAGGAAAUUGGUCCCAUUUGUAUACCCCAUCCCCCACCUUGGCGCCCCCCCCCCAACC